AAUUGGUUUGAUUGAGGAAAAUCAGAAAAUGGAGGAUUGGUCUGCGCGCAUGCGUAUACGAUUUUACUACUCCCAGACGGAAAGUGAGACAGUAACAACGAGUCGACUGCAUGUCAGUGGCGCAUUGUUUAAUGAGUAACAACUGUAACACAGUCCUUUUAGAAGCUUCACAACUAAGGCGAGUUAUCCGAUCUACCUUCGGUACAAUUCAAGAUGUUUGGCUUUCAUAAGCCGAAAAUGUACAGAAGCCUGGACGGCUGUUGUAUCUGCAGGGCGAAGUCUUCCAGCUCGCGCUUCACGGACAGUAAGCGUUACGAGAAGGACUUUCAGAGCUGCUUUGGCCUGUGCGAGACCCGCUCUGGCGAAAUCUGCAACGCUUGUGUUCUCCUGGUGAAACGUUGGAAAAAGUUGCCGGCAGGUUCCAAGAAGAACUGGAAUCAUGUGGUUGAUGCUCGAGGCGGGCCGAGCCUGAAGACGACGAUCAAGUCCAAAAAGGUCAAGUCCGCCUCCCGGAGAGCGCGGCCAAGCCAGAUCAGUCGAGUCCAGAAAGAGCUCAAGAGACACAACUCUGAUGCACACAGCACCACUUCAAGUGCGAGUCCGGCCCAGUCACCAAGUUACAGCAAUCAGUCAGAUGAAGGCUCAGAUUCUGAGAUGGCACCCGGUUCCGGACGCUCUCCCGUAUUUUCUUUCUUGGAUCUCACCUAUUGGAAAAGGCAAAAAGUUUGCUGCGGCAUCAUCUACAAAGGUCGCUUUGGCGAAGUCCUGAUCGACCCCCACCUCUACAAACCCUGCUGUCAGAAGAAACAGCAGGAACAGGAACAUGAGGAGGAGGAGGAGGAGGAGGAAGAAGAAGAGGAAGAGGAAGCUCAGACCAGCCAGGAGAUGAGGAGAAGCCCAGCACCUCAGACCUUCCCCUCCCCUCCCCCCUUCCCCUCCCCUCCCCCAGUCAAAGAGGAAGAGGAAGAAGAGGAGGAGGAGUGGUAAGGCCACUCACAGGGUCACACACGCACACACACACACACACACUCACACACACACAGGGAACUGACGCAGCAUUCGAAAGGAGGCCUUGGAGAGCUCAGGAUUUGAUUUCCUCAGGCCCUCUGUAGAGUCCUGUCAGAUUGCCUUCAAUUUCAAGAGCAGCUGGAACUUUUUUUGUUUGUCUGUUUGAGUUUUGCUUUGUUUUUGUUUGUUUUCCCGUAUACUGAGUGUUUUCUUAUUUCUGUGUUCAUUUCAGAGGAGGAGAUUAUUCUUUGUGUAACUUAUGGACUAUUGAGAUUUGUGUGUGUGUGUGUGUUUUUUUUUUCUUUUUUUUUUCUUUUUUUUAACCCCUUCCUCUAUCCUUUCCAUUGUAUUCUCCGAUACUUAGAGCCUUGUUAUUUUCCACUUAUUUGUCCAUAUAAAAUGCUGGAUCUACAUAAACUGCAGAUGAGGAGAAAAAAAAUUAAAACUCUACCUUUGACUUCCAGGAUAGAGCCAUAGCCUAGAACACAGCCUUGAACCCACUGUUUGCCUUUUCCAUGUAGAGACACACUCAUGUACACAUUCUCUCUACACAUGUACAAACACAAGUGCACACGUACAGUCACUCUCCUUUGCUAAUACACACACACACACACACACACACACACACACACACACACACACACACACACACACACACACACACACACACACACACAUACAUAGAUGUGCACACAGUCACAAACCAUUAUAAAAUACACACAGGCACGCAGUCCUGUAACACACAUAAACACACACAAGCCUAAACAUGAAGGCUAACAAUGAUAAACCAGCCUUGAAACACGCCAAUAGUAGUGUUGUAAUUAUAGUUUGUUGGCAAACACUACAUCAUUGGUGGUUAUUGUUGCACGAAACAAAGGAAUGGUAACUAGUUUGGUUUAAAAAAAGAGAUAAUGUAAGGUAAACCAAACAAACCGAAAGAAAGGUAUUUGGAAAGCAGUAAGGGAACUGGCGAGCAUUGAUGGAAGUCCAAGUUGUGUGUGAAAAAAAGUGCUGAUCUGGUAACAGUUUUUUUGUUCCACUAAACAACCAAGCAAGGAAUGUAAACUGAUUCCUGGUCAGUCUUUGAAUUGCUUUGGUGUAACACUGGGCAUGGCCAACCAAAAUUUCUUCCUGGGCUGUCUCCUCCUGAGAUGGAUCUGUAUUGAUAUGCGCUUACUAUCGGUUGUCUUUAGGUUAAAAAAAAUGCUCAUCUGUUUCAGUGAAGUAAUGUCAGUGCUAAAGGUUAGAGAGUCUGGCUAGGGGACUUUAAAAACACUGUAUUGUGCAUGGACAGUAAGCUAUCCUUAUGUCAGAUUAACCCUGCAUUGCAUGCAUUUGAUAUUGCAUGGCCUUCAAAGAAAAAUUCCAAACAUUUUUAUUUUUCAUUUGCUAUAUUUGGGCGUGAUUUAAUACAGCCAAUAUAUAUAUUUUUGUAGAUAAAUGUUAAAAGAGAAAAAAAAGAUUUUUUGUUUGUUUGUUGGGUCACAGAAACAUUCACUGCAAUACAAGGUAUUUGAUGUCAAAACUUCACUCAUGAAAAGUGAUGUUGACCAAUGGGCAUAUACGAAGGUGGGGGAAUCCUAAUUGCCUGAACAAAUUUGCAACCAUCAUGUCAUUCUCCAUUUUUAUCAAACCAGUACAACUUUAUUUAUUUUCCUCUUGUAUUAUACACUUGUGCACAAAAUAUUUCUUGGACGCCAAUGUCGUCACUCACAAAUCAAUGUGGAUUUCUGUGUUUAAUUAUUUCUCGCUUUUUGACAUUAGUCUAGCAAUAGAAGUGUUUCCAUGUUCUAGAAUCUAGAGACAUACUCUUAGGAUAACAAAAUUUAGCAUUUGUUGAUGCACAAUAUUGUUUGGCUCACCCAUCCACUUUGUUCCUCGAUAGUAUUUUUCUUAGAUGUCAUUUGAAGUCUUCAUUACCAGGAGAGGAUUCAGUACAUUUUAGCAUUUAAUAUUUGUAAUUUGAACCAAGCAUUAGUGUUCCAAAUGGUUCAUUGGGUGGACACAACAUGCACUCAUAGACCGUAAUACACAUGCCAAAAAUUCAGGAAUCAUUGUCAAAGCACAUUUUCAUGGACUCUUCAUACCGUAACACCCCCUCCCACAAACCCAAACACACACACACACACACACACACACACACACAUCCUCAAGGGGGUCUGAGCUGUGAGCACAGGCAGCUACAUGGUAUUCAGUACUGAAUGAACGAACGCCUCGUUCCAGGGAAUGAAAGCUUUACUCUAUGAAUGUCGCAGUCCUUCUCUUCUGUCCAGUCCACCUCUUCCCACUUUUCUUUUCCUGUUAAAGAGUUGCAUAUGGACACUAAAAAAAGUGAUGGAUUCUCUCAUGUGGUGUUUUCCCUCUUCAACAGUAUGACGUUUCUCAGAGCCGACGGUUUGUGAAAUAGUUUACAUGGGCUGGUGUGAAAUGAUUUGACUCUUCUUGUUAUUUAUUUUAUAUUUAUUUUUGCAUCACUUAUUUUUUCUCUCCUGUGGACUGUUUUUACUGUCUGAGAAAUGCCCUCACCACUCCUGGUUUCCGGGUGAGGGACAUUUUUUCUGUUUUGAAAAAUGAAAGCGGCAAAACACUGCUUUAAUAUGAGUGUCAUGCGUUCACACAAUUUUGUGUGAAUUGUAUCAAAAUUAAGCUAUUGUAAAACAAGAAUGCAUAAAUCUGACAAAUUCUGUAUAUGAUGUCUGUCUUUGCUCUGCUUCUUUAUUUUUGUCUAUGCUCAGCGCUAAUCUGCUGUUUUUUUCAGUAGCUAGUCUUAGCUGUUAGUCCUACAGGCAUGUAUGGUAGCUAUGCACUUUGUAUUUACCUUAGUAGAAAUAUAUGAGCUAAGUUUUGUAUUUUUUUAUAUAUUGUACUUUUUACCUGUUCUUCAAUAAAUGUAGUU